UUGGUUGCCUCACCAGGGAGCGGGAACAACUCGCGCCCGUCUGUGAGACGAGCGAGUGCGAGUCACACGUCACACGAGAUCACGCGAGGAAGCGAGACCCAGUGAUUCGAAAGACCCGACAGGCGACACGACAAGAGUAUACGUCUAAAUAAGCUGUUCCAAUUCCUAUCCGCUCCGUGGGACUCCACGUUACUUCAGGAUUAUACGUAUAUACGGGAAAGGCGCGAAUCAGAUAGUGAUUUUAAGGACGUAAAAGAAGAUCCUACGUACAGGACGAACCUUUCGGCAAGAUGCCUGCACAGUUUGAAAGUAUCAACAGCCCGGUGACGCGGGAGCCCGUGGUCACAAAUGGAGUACCGUAUUCCAUCGACAGUGACAUCGUCAUUACAGGCAUUUCAGGUCGUUUACCUGAAUCGUCAAACAUCGAGGAGUUUAAGGAGAAUCUCUUGAAAGAGAUAGAUAUGAUUACCGAUGAUGAGCGCCGUUGGUCGGCGGGCCUCUACGGAUUACCGCGAAGAUCCGCCAAGAUCAAGGAUCUCGCUUCAUUCGACGCCUCCUUCUUCGGGGUACAUCCCAAGCAGGCGCACGUAAUGGACCCGCAGCUUCGCAUACUGUUAGAAAUCACGCAUGAAGCAAUAGUUGAUGCUGGCAUCAACCCCUCGACCGUGAGAGGAUCCCGCACCGGUGUGUUUGUCGGCGUCUCGUCCUCCGAAUCGGACGAAUUUUGGACGAAAGAUCCAGAUCGCGUUAACGGAUACGGAUUGGUCGGAUGUUGCAGAGCAAUGUUCGCCAACAGAAUCUCUUUUGCGUUUGAUUUUACUGGACCUAGUUACGCUUUGGACACGGCUUGUUCCUCGGCUAUGUUUGCCAUGCAUCAAGCAGUCACUGCGAUACGCGCCGGCGAAUGCGACGCUGCGAUCGUCGGUGGGAUGAAUCUGUUGCUGAAGCCAGAAUCCGCGCUUCAAUUUCAUAGACUAAAUAUGUUGUCGCAGGACGGCAAGUGCAAAGCGUUCGACGUCACGGGCAACGGGUACGUAAGAGCCGAAGCAGUGGCGGCGAUAUAUUUACAGAAGGCGAAGGACGCGCGCAGAGUGUACGCCACAGUGCUUCACACGAAAACGAAUAUCGACGGCCAUAAAUCCCAGGGCAUCACAUAUCCGAAUGGUGAAAUGCAGAAUAAAUUGAUGCGCGAGGUGUACAGUGAGGCGAGGAUUAAUCCUGCGGACGUAGUUUACGUAGAGGCUCACGGUACCGGUACUAAAGUGGGCGAUCCGGAAGAGAUCAACUCCAUCGAUAGGUUGUUUUGCAAAGACAGGAAGACUCCACUACUACUUGGCUCAGUCAAGAGUAACAUGGGACACGCGGAACCUGCCAGCGGACUCUGUUCAAUCGCCAAGGUGCUGAUUGCGAUGGAAGCGGGCAUGAUUCCCGCAAAUUUACAUUUUAACACACCGAAUCCGGAUAUUCCUGCCUUGAAGGAGGGACGCAUCCGAGUGGUUGACAAAACCAUGCCGUGGAACGGUGGUAUCGUAGGCAUCAAUUCAUUUGGCUUUGGUGGCGCGAAUGCGCAUAUUGUUCUCCGUAGUAAUCCGAAGCCGAAAUUAUCCCCAGUUCCGGACACUAUCGAACAACUGCCCAAGCUGGUCACCGUGUCGGGUCGCACGGAGGAGGCUGUGCACGCAUUGCUGGAAAAAGCGAAAGAGCAUCGCAAAGACGACGAGUUUGUUUCGUUGUUACAUGUCGUUCAUAAGAACAAUAUACUGGGUCACAAGAUUCGCGGUUACGAGAUCUUGAGUAUCGAUAAUACACGCGAAAUAACUGAGGUAACGAGUGACGAGAGACGUCCUAUCUGGUUUAUAUUUUCCGGUAUGGGCACGCAAUGGGCGGGUAUGGGUCGCGAAUUGCUCGCCAUCGAGACUUUUCAACGUAGUUUGCGACGAUGCGCGGACGCGUUGAAACCCCACGGCAUCGAUCUCAUGAAUAUUAUUAUGAACGCUACAGAGGAGACAUUGGACAACGUGACAGAUUCCUUCGUGUCGAUCGCGGCCAUGCAGGUCGCUCUUGUCGACAUGCUCACAUUGAUAGGCAUACAUCCGGAUGGUAUAAUCGGACACUCCACCGGGGAACUGGGUUGCGCCUAUGCCGAUGGUGCGUUUACACCGGAGCAAACUAUUUUAGCAGCCUAUAGCAGAGGCAAAUCAAUUAUAGACUCCAAACUGCAAACGGGCUCCAUGGCGGCGGUCGGUUUGAGCUGGGAGGAAGCUAAAAAGAUGUGCCCGCCUGAUAUCUCUCCGGCUUGUCACAAUUCUGCGAACUCGGUCACCGUUUCCGGCCCCCCCACGUCUCUUAAAAAAUUCGUAGAGGAGUUGAAGAGCAAGGAUAUCUUUGCCAAGAUGGUCAAGAGCUCCAAUGUCGCAUUCCACAGCAAAUAUAUCGCCCCGGCUGGUCCCAAACUACGCGCCUCUCUCGACAAGAUCAUACCAAACCCGAAGCAGAGAUCGGCCAAAUGGAUCUCGAGCUCCAUACCCGAGGCCUCAUGGGGCAGCCCGCUCGCACAACUCAGCUCAUCUGCGUAUCAUGUCAACAAUUUGCUAUCACCUGUUCUCUUUCGGGAAGCGAUCGCGCAUAUUCCAGCGAACGCGAUAACGAUCGAGAUUGCGCCACAUUGCUUGCUGCAGGCAAUUCUGCGCGGAUCGCUGCCACCGACAGUGAUCAAUAUUGGCCUCCACAAGCGGGACCAUCCGAACAACCUGGCUUUCUUGUUGUCUAGCAUAGGUAAGCUAUACAUGGCCGGUGCACAACCCGACAUCUCAAAGCUGUAUCCGCCAGUGAGUUUCCCCGUCGGUCGCGGGACGCCGAUGAUUGGGCCCCUAGUCAAGUGGGACCACUCCGCCACAUGGGAUGUGCCCUCUUUCAACCAAAAAUCAAGUCAAUCGGGCGAAUGCAUAGUACAAGUAGAUCUAUCGAAAGAGUUAGACGCUUAUCUAGCAGGACAUCAGAUAGAUGGGCGAGUCCUUUUCCCAGCCACCGGUUAUCUUCUGCUUGUGUGGAAGACUUUGGCGAAACUGCGCAACACCGACUUCGAAUUAUUGCCAGUCGUAUUUGAAAAUGUGCGCUUUCAGCGCGCCACUAUUAUGCCGAAAGAGGGAACGGUGAAAUUCUCGAUAAACAUCUUCGAGGGAACGGGCGAUUUUGAGAUCUGCGAGGCCGGUACGGUUGCCGUCAGCGGAAAGAUCCGUGCAUCCGAAGCUAUCGAGCGAGAUCAGGUGAACUUACCGCCACCAUCAAUUCCGCCUGCUGACAACGAGAUUUUACCGUUGAACACCAAGGACAUUUACAAGGAGCUAAGGCUGCGCGGAUAUGAAUAUAGCGGUAUCUUCCAGGGGAUCAAGAUCUGCGACAACUACGCUAUUACUGGCGAGCUUCUUUGGUUCGACAAAUGGGUCUCGUAUUUAGAUACUAUGCUACAGUUUAGCAUAUUGUCCAAUAGCCACAAGCUGCUAUAUUUACCAUCACGUCUCCAAUACGCCGCGAUCGACCCAGUUCUGCACAAACAAUUGACAGAGGAGCUACCGUUGGACAACGGAUUGCCAGUAUAUCAUUACAAGAAUGUCAAUAUUGUCAAAUCAGGCGGUGUCGAAUUUAGAGGAUUAAAAGCUUCUCUGGCUCCUCGACGACAGCAAACUCAGGCUCAUCCUAAACAUGAACGAUAUACUUUCGUACCCUAUGAAAAUUCGCAUAGUCUGGUGGAGGAUCCAGCAAGGGGUAAAAUGCACGCGCUGAAUGUGCUGUUGCAUAUCGUGUGCGAGAAUACGACAGCGUUGAAACUUAAGGUCAUGGAGAUCGCGGGUGAACGAGCCGCGGAGGCUCUCUUGAUACCAUAUCUAGUCGAUUUUAUCGAUGGUGAACCGAACCUGCCCACUUUCGAUUUACAAGUGGCUGCUGUUUCUCCUGGCAAUUAUACAACAGUUUGCAGCCAAAUGAAUGUUGACGUCGUGGCGGGGGAUGUGAAUGAUGCACCUCCCGCUCAGGACGUGCAUCUCGUAAUAGCAGCGGACGUUAUAUCCAACCAAUCUCAUGGCGUUCUCAAAAAUCUGGCGGCUGCUUUGAAACUCAACGGUUUCGUUCUUUUGGAGGAAACCGCUGCGCAACUGAAUUUUAAAACCGCGCUGAAGCAAACAGAUCUAGUAUUGAUCGCGAAACAGACCGAUCCCAUAGGAAAAACUUAUCUAUUGCUGACAAAGCUUGAGAAGAAGGAAGAGCCGACUGUAAUACAGAUCACGGAGAAGACUUUCUCGUGGUUGGAGGGUGUGAAAGCGGCACUGAAGAAAUCUGAAAGCGAGGGUCAACAAGUGCUCCUUGUAUCCCAAGGCGAACCGUUACUCGGUCUAAUCGGACUCAUGACUUGUAUACGAAAAGAGAUGGGCGGUGCAAACGCACGUUACAUCUUCAUUCAGGACAAAAACGCUCCCAAGUUCAGUUUAUCCACGCAAUUAUAUGCGGAACAGUUAGAUAAGGGACUGGUGGCCAACGUGCUGAAGGGAAGCCAGUGGGGCAGGUAUUUGCACUUGCAGUUGGAUCAACAGAGCAACGUGUCUUCCCUGCAGGUGGAGCACGCUUACGUGAACUCACUGGUGCGAGGAGACUUAAGCAGUUUGAAAUGGAUUGAAGGCCCGUUAAGUUAUUACCGGCCCGAUAACUCUUCCAAUACGAUGCUCUGCAGCGUGUACUAUGCUCCGUUGAAUUUCAGGGAUAUCAUGCUGGCGAGCGGGAAACUACCACCGGACGCCUUGCCAGGAAAAAUGGCUACGGAGGAUUGUAUAUUGGGAUUGGAGUUUUCUGGGAGAGACGCGGGCGGACGUCGCGUGAUGGGUAUGGUCGAAGCUAGGGGAUUGGCGACCACCGUAGUGGCGGAUCUUGGUUUCCUCUGGGAGGUACCCGAUAAAUGGACGUUAGAACAGGCGGCAACGAUACCUGUCGCUUAUGCAACCAGUUACUACGCUCUGUUCGUACGAGGUCAACUAAAAGCGGGCGAAAGCGUGUUGAUUCACGCCGGUACAGGCGGCGUCGGCCAAGCUGCGAUCGCCAUCUCUUUGCAUGCCGGUUGCACGGUCUUCACUACCGUUGGCACGCCGGAGAAAAGGGAAUAUCUCAAGAAAACCUUCCCCCAAUUGACCGAUAGACACAUCGGCAAUUCUCGGGACACGAGCUUCGAACAGCUAAUACUCACUGAGACACAAGGACGCGGAGUCGAUGUGGUGCUGAACUCGCUGGCGGAAGAGAAGCUGCAGGCUGGCAUACGAUGCCUCGCGUUGAAUGGUCGUUUCCUCGAGAUUGGCAAGUACGAUCUAUCGAAUGACAGCCGCGUAGGAAUGUCAAUGUUCUUGAAAAAUACGGCCUUCCAUGGUAUACUGCUGGAUGCGUUGUUUGGAGAUGAUUGUGCAGAGAAAAAGGAGGUGGUAAAGCUUCUUUCAGAAGGGAUCAAAAACGGCGCAGUGCGUCCACUACCCUCGACAGUGUUCUCGGAGCAGCAGCUCGAGCAGGGAUUUAGAUUCAUGGCGACUGGCAAACAUAUUGGCAAGGUAUUACUGAAGAUUCGGGAUGAAGAACCGAAAAAACUCGUCUCGCCGACGCCAAAGAUAGUGGCUGCCAUACCACGUACUUACAUGAAUCCAGAGAAAUCGUACAUAUUAGUCGGUGGUCUCGGUGGCUUCGGUCUGGAGCUGGCCAACUGGAUGAUUUCACGCGGCGCCAAAUUUAUCGUUCUCGUGUCACGUUCGGGCAUACGCACCGGUUACCAGGCAUUGUGUGUGCGACGCUGGCGCGAGAAUGGUGUGAAGAUCCUCAUCUCCACGGCGGACGUUACGACCUUAUCGGGUGCUGAACGCCUGAUCCAGGAAAGCAGUCGACUGGCUCCGGUGGGUGGCAUAUUCAAUCUCGCAGCUGUAUUGCGCGACGCGCUGAUCGAGAAUCUGACAGAGGCCGAUUUCAAGACGGUAACUCUGCCGAAAGUCGACGGUACAAGAAAUUUGGACGCGGUAUCGAGAAAAUCUUGUCCAUCGUUGGAUUAUUUCGUCGUGUUCUCAUCCAUAUCGUGCGGCCGCGGCAAUACGGGCCAAACUAAUUACGGUUUUGCGAAUUCGGCCAUGGAAAGAUUGAUGGAACAGAGACAGGCCAAUGGUUUACCUGGUCUCGCCAUUCAAUGGGGUGCCAUUGGAGACGUUGGCUUAAUCAUGGAUAUGGGAGGUAACGACACCGAGAUUGGCGGUACCAUGCCACAACACAUAGUAAGCUGCCUAGCGACUAUGGACGUAUUCCUACAACAACCGCAUCCAGUUCUAUCUUCCGCAGUAUUGGCUGAGAAAAACAAAUCCACGGAUAGUGGUAAUAAAAUCCUCCUCAUCGAAGCCGUUGCCAAUAUCUUAGGUAUUAAAGACGCUAAUUCAGUUGGUGGCAGCAAUAGCCUGGCCGACUUGGGUAUGGACUCACUGAUGGGCACGGAGAUAAAGCAAACCCUCGAGAGAAAUUAUGAUAUCGUGUUGUCGCCUCAAGAGAUUCGCGCUUUGACGUUCGCCAAACUACAAGAAUUAUCUUCGUCGACCACCGAGACGAAUAAGAAGCCAUUUACGGCCGCAAACGUGACUGCUAGUGCGAAUUCGGACGAAAAUGCUGCCAGCAAUGCACUGAUGAUGCAAUGGCCAGGCGAUGAAAUGCUGCCUAAGGAAGCUCUCAUCCGAAUGAAGACAAAGAGCGCGAAUGGAUCGCCAUUGUUUAUCGUUCACCCGAUCGAGGGUUUCAUGAAAUCAUUAGAGUACAUGGCUAGCGAGCUCGAGAGACCACUUUGGGGACUGCAAAGCGUUGAAUAUGCGCCGCACGAUACAAUACCGGAAAUGGCUAAAUUCUAUAUAAACAACAUCAGGAAAGUUCAAGAGAAGGGACCGUACCACCUGGUGGGAUACUCGUUCGGAACUUGCGUCGCUAUCGAGAUGACUUUGCAGUUGGAAUCCGCUGGGGAGAAAGUCACCCUGCAUUUAAUCGACGGUUCGCUGGAUUUUAUGCGAAAACAAUGCGAAAUGAUCGGCAAAAUAGAUGUGACAAAUUGCGUUAUCUCCGAUGGCUGUAUGAAAGCGUUGGCGUAUUUCAGCAUUCAGUUUAACAAGAAGGUCAAUUAUUCUCAAGCAUACAAUAUUCUGAGACAGAGCAAAUCAGAUGAGGAGAUGUUUGACAAAAUGUUACAAGUAAUAGGCGAUACCCCAUAUCCACAAGAAGAUGUAAAGAUUGCUGGGUAUCUUCUGUUUAAAAAAUUGGUGGCCAUUUCACUCUAUUGUCCGGAUAAAAAAAUCAAAGGACCAGUGACAUUGAUUAAGGCUACAGAGAACUUUGUGCCCAUAGAAAAGGAUCACAAUUUGUCACACAUUUGCAUGCAGCCCGUGAGAGUAGAAGAGGUGAAUGGUAAUCAUAGAACAAUACUAUUGGGAGAAAGUGCAAAAAGGAUCGCAAGUUUUUUGCAAGUGUAGUUUGUAAAACGCGAGAGAAAGUUUGUUAAGAAAAUGAAGUGCAUAACGUAACUAGAAUCCGUGUAAAAAUUUUAGUACGGCCAAGACAAUGUUUCAUGGCAUAGCGCGGUGUCGGUAGAACUUAAUUUUCACAAGGUUGCAGAAAGAUUGUAGAUAUAUUUUAUCAUGUAAUCAUACGAUCGCAAAUUCUUUGCACCAUGUUGCUGCAAUGUGAAACUGAAAGAUUUCGCGCUAUAUAAAGUGACGUUACAUAGGAAUCUUUUAUCAUAUGCUCUCCGAUAUUACAAGUCAGAAAAUUCUUUGUAUUCGCAAGCAAGCAAAACGUACAAAAAUGAGAAAUGCAUGAGAUAAGAUGAUACAGCUUUUUAAAAUGGUAUAUCAGUACUUCCCUUAUCAUUAAUUAAUUUAAAUUAAGUACAAUAAGUUUUCUUGUAUAAUUUUUAAGUAUAUGGGAUCAGUAACUUGUUUUAAGACUGUGUAAGCUUUUUCGUGAUAUUUCCAAAGUGGAUACGAAUUGAAUGUGUGCGUAUAUAUUUAUUUAAAUUAUAUUAAUAGUUUACUUUUUUCUCCACUUAGUAAUUAAUGAUACUUUGAUUUUUAGCGGGUUGAUCUCGUUAUCUCUAGCAUUUAAUGGAGUCUGUAAUGCUUCUCACACACACACACACACAUCCAUCAUCACAAUAUCGUGAUGAAAUUGUAAAUAACAACGACAAGAUAUAUCAAUGCAUUGCUUAAUACAAUUCUUAGUUAUCGGCUCUUCAACUUUUCGCAUUCUUAUAUUAUUAAAAUAUAAUUAAAGAGAGAAAGAUUAUUUCAAGAUUAACUGCACAAUAUGUAAUUUAUUUUGUGUUUCAUUCCAUUAGCAAUUAAAAGUUUGGCACAUUAAAAAAAUUUAUACUGUCUGUAUUUUUUAUUAACUUAACAGAGAUUCAGCAUAUUGUAUAUCAUAUCUUGAAAAUACACACUUACUAGUUGUAAGUAUAUAUUAUACAUACAAGUUAAUAAUGUAAAUUUAUAUGCAAUAUGUUUAUGUUCCCAACUCUGAUUAUUUAGACAAAUAAAUUUUCGAAACUAAA